UUAUCACCUCUGAUAAGGGGUAUAAUUUAUGUUCGCUGGUGUCCAGCAUAGAACAUCUCGCGUAGUAAUUUACAGCAAAACCCUCGUGUCGCAUGCAUCGUAUUUUCUUCCUCAGAGAACCGAUUCGUCAAAAGCCAUCGAACCGCUAGAAACUCCAAACUCCGUCUGCUUAUUCACACAUGGUUCCCGCGGGGAGGAGGCACCUCGACGAUCACCCGGUCAGCCACCCCCCAAAGGGUCCACGAAUACACGACCAAACUCUCAUCCGGUGCCAUCCCGCCACGAUCAGAGCCUUCAUAUACCCCCUCAGUCCCAUUCCUCUCACCAGCACAGCAGGCGCCCCCUAGGUCGGGGGUCAGGUCAAACUGUGGCGUGGGUGGUGGAAUGGUUCAUGGUCAACAAUCAAAUCGCCAACCAGCCUACUCGACGACA